AUGGGUUCCUUCUCCUCUACACUGCUUUUUCUUUUCUUCUUCUUUUCUUCCUCACUUGCCAAUCACCAUGACUCACUCCAACUCAAAGGUGUUGAUAUUGAAAGGCCAGUUUUGGAUAUCUCCCCUUCCCCACUUUCUGGGGAUUCAGCUGCUCAUGGUGUUAAAGAUAUUUUACGAUGUGAGCGUGUUCAAGUGUCUGGUAUCUCAAGAUUGAAACUUGGGAGCUAUGCUAGUUCAUUCCACAUUACUUUGGCUCCAUCUGCUGCGAUCCCAGAGAGGUUACAUAACAAAAUUCAGGUUUGUUUCCACAGGAAUAAUGCACUUGGAUGGUGUCAGUGUGAAAAGGAUGAAUGGACGAGUAUUCAGAAGGGGAUCUGGAAUGCUGUCAUGUCACCUUAUGAAACUAGAUAUGUUGAUGUGAGGAUGAAUGCUGGAAUGUUGGGUUCUUCUGUUACAGUUUCCCUUGAAGAAGAUUUUCAGCAAUGGCGCCUUGUAUGUCUUGCAUUGGGAUUGAUACUGCUGUUGUUGGCUCCAAUUAUUAGCAGUUGGGUUCCAUUUUAUUAUACCAGUUCAAUGGCUAUAGGGAUCUUUCUUGUUGUUAUAAUCCUUCUUUUUCAGGGCAUGAAAUUAUUGCCAACUGGAAGGAAAAAUAUCUUUUACCUUACCAUAUAUGGUUCAGUGCUUGGAGCUGGGUCAUUCCUUUUGCACCAAUUCUCCGUGUUCAUAAAUUCAAUUCUUCAAAGUUUUGGGAUGAGUGAAGAGAUGCACAUUCCAGUAAGUAUAUCUGUACUACUGGGUAUCCUCUUGGCUGGAGCUGCUUUAGGCUACUGGGGUCUUAGGAGAUUUAUUCUUUCGAAAGAAGAUGGCGGUGUGGAUGCUGGGGUCGCUCAGUUUGUGAAAUGGGCAAUGCGCACUGUUGGAGCCACCUUGGUUUCGCAGGUUAUGCUAGGUCAUCGUGGAUUAACUUGUGUAAAUUAUUGUUGCUUCAAGUCUUCCACUUUUAAAAAUGCCAUUAUGAUUUCAUGUAGGUAUGGAACUUCAGGAAAUGAUGAUCACUCGCUGCUGUGGGUGAGAGGAACACGUGGCCGUGCUGAAUUCCUUAGCAAGUCAACUCCUAAAGGAAAAAUGUGGAGUAGUCCUAAAAGAUCUGCAUGGUCUGACUCUCCGGUGAAAG